GCCCACUCCUCAGCAAACGCUCCUCCCUGCGAACUGCGAUGCUGGAAACCAAAGCUUUCCUGUUUCCUCUGCUGCCCAUCCAGCCUACCAAAGCUUUCCUCGCUGUCUCUCCCAGCCUAGCAGCACACACAGCCGUGGCGGCGGAGGAAGGAGGAAGAAGGAGGAAGGAAAGAAUCUCGCCCGCCCUCCGUUUGCGCGUCAGAACUUAGUAGCCAAUAGUAUGUAUGUCCAUAUACAUAAACACGCAAUGCAACAGCCAUUCCUGUGGAACAUGACAAUUUAAGUCUGAAAGUUAAGGUUGCUCUAUCUUUGAAAGAAGGCUCGAAAGAGGUUGAGAUUGCUCAUAUUAUUUGAAGACUCCUGCUGAACAAAAUGGCCCUUAAUGGUAAUGGAAACCUCAAACCUGAUAUUCAACAAAUAGAGUCAACAACAUCAGAUAAUGAUCCAAGAGCCACAGUUAUCAAUACUCCUUCCACUCAGGGUGUUCCACAGCCGGGAAAUCAGUCGAGUGGGUUUCUGAACUUCAUGAAUCGCUUUUCUAGCGGUUCCCACUUAAGGAAGUUGGGUCCUUCCCCUUCAGUCAAAUUUCGACAGCUCGCACUUGAACGUGAUGAUUUUUCACGCUCUAUCCAUUCUGACCACCAUGAUAGUCAUGAGCAUUUCCAAUUGAUCAGGAAAAUUAACUGGGGUCAUUUGUGGGCAAUGGGCAAGGAUUGGAUAAGGCAGCCUCUAAACAUGGCCCUUUUUGUAUGGAUUGUUUGUGUUGCUGUAUCUGGUGCAAUACUCUUCCUUGUUAUGACUGGAAUGCUGAAUCAUGCUUUGCCUAGCAAAUCACAAAGAGACACCUGGUUUGAAGUGAACAAUCAAAUUCUGAAUGCAUUAUUCACACUCAUGUGCCUAUAUCAACACCCAAUGAGGAUCUAUAACUUUGUGCUUUUGUGUCGAUGGGACCAAAUGGACAUUUUAAGGCUUAGGAAAAUAUACUGCAAAAAUGGGACAUAUAAGCCUAAUGAGUGGAUGCACAUGAUGGUGGUUGUGGUCCUUCUUAAUUUGAACUGCUUUGCCCAGUAUGCCUUGUGUGGUCUCAACAUAGGAUAUCGCAGAUCUGAAAGGCCUCCUCUCGGUGUUGGUGUGACUAUUUCUAUUGCAAUUGGGGCUGUGGCUUUUGCUAGUGUGUAUAAUAUUGUCAGUCCUCUUGGGAAGGAUUAUGAUGCGGAGAUGAGAGAAGGUGACCCAGAAGCUCAGUUUGAGGUCACCUCAACUGAAGGCACCAGGCCAGCAACUUCACGGAAGUCGCUUGAAAAGAGAUACUCUUUUCUUCAUAGCGAAGAGCGCCGUUUCGUUGAGAGUAGACCUGAGUGGGUCGGUGGACUAAUGGAGUUCUGGGACAGUAUAACUAUUGCCUACUUGUCAAUUUUCUGCAGUUGCUGUGUCUUUGGGUGGAAUGUUCAGAGGCUUGGAUUUGGUAACAUGUAUGUCCAUAUUGCAACAUUUCUGCUCUUUUGCCUAGCUCCGUUCUUUAUCUUCAACCUGGCAGCUGUCAAUAUUAACAAUGAAAACUUGCGAGAAGCACUAGGGUUCACUGGUGUCGUGCUUUGCUUUCUCGGUUUACUGUAUGGUGGCUUUUGGAGAAUACAGAUGAGGAAGAGAUUCAACCUCCCUGGGAACAACUUCUGUUGCCGCAACCCCGACGUCACAGAUUGUUUCCAGUGGUUGUGCUGCUGUUCAUGUUCUCUUGCUCAGGAGGUGAGAACUGCUGAUUAUUAUGAUAUUGCAGAGGACAGGUCAUACAGAGGGCAAGCAACUGAGGAAAGUCAGCGUGUAAUAUCACCAUUGCCUCGUGAAGAUGGCUUGCCUCUUUUCAAGUCAACUCCAGCUUCGCCCUACAGGAGUAGCACCGCUAGUCAGUCAAUUUUCAUUCUGGAGAGUCCAUCAGCUCCACGGAGGUCCAACGGUGCAACCCCUAUCGGUGGCUCACCGACAAAAGGUGACAUGGUGAUGAAGGCGCCUGCUCCAUCUGUCCUACACAGAGAAGGUGAAGAUGGAUCGUAGCAUGCGGUGACUCAACAAGGCAAUUAUCACGAGUCUACUCAGUCCAUCCAGAUGGACCUGUAUAUUUGUUGUAAAGCAAAAUUACAAUACACGGCUCCUCACCCACGGCUGAAUUUUUAAAGAUGUAGAGUAUUCCGUUCUGCUCUGUUGUGUAAUUUCUGUUAGAUUUCAUGCGAUGCACUUGCUUUUGUGGUGGAAUGGGGUGGUGAUUUCCAGUAUU